AUGACCGACAUCAACCAGAGCAUCGUCGACCCUGUCGCCAACAACGCUCAGCCCGUCAACAAGGCUGAGGACGACGACAAGAAGGUCUUCGCCGGCAACCUCGCUUUCGCCACCACCGAGGACCAGCUCAAGAACCUCUUUUCCGAGGCUGGCACCGUCACCCACGCCCAGAUCAUCACUCGCGGCACUCGCUCUCUCGGCUAUGGAUUCGUCACCUUCUCCACCAAUACCGAAGCACAAACCGCCAUCCAACUUCUCAACAAGCGUGAUGUCGACGGUCGCGAAAUCAGCGUAGAGUCGGCAAAGCCACAGACCGCCUCCGCCGCCGUUGCUGCUGCCGAUGGUGACAAGCCAAAGGCGCGCAGGACCCGUUCUAAGAAGGCCAAGGAGUCUUCGCGAGCGCCACGCCGUGCUCGCGCGGACGAGGGCGAGGAAGGAGCUGCCGAGGAGGACGCGGCGAAAGCUGCCACCAACGGCGACGGAGCCAACGGCGCAGAUGCCACAAAGCCAUCCAAGUCGGCCAAGCGCAGGCAGAAGAAGAAGGCGGCUGCUGCUGCCGCCGCAGCCAACGGCGAGACCACCAACGCAAACGCCGACUCGAGCGAGGCACAACCACGCGCACCCCGUGCCAAGCGCCAGCCAAAGGGCAAGCCCCAGGGCGAACCUUCCAAGACGCUCGUGUUUGUCGCCAACCUCGCCUUUGCCACCACCGACGAUUCGCUCAAAGCCGCCUUCUCGGACUACAAGGUCAAGUCGGCGCACGUUGUCAAGCGUCGCAACGGCGACCGAUCCAAGGGCUUUGGCUUUGUCGACUUUGAGGAUGCAUCCGAGCAGCAGCGUGCCAUCGCCUCGGCCCAGGGCAAGCAGAUCGACGGCCGAGACGUCACCCUCCAGGUUGCCGUUCAGAGCGACAAAGCCGACGAGCAGGUCCAGGCCGCAGAACCAACUUCUGCCGCUGUCUGA